AUGUCAGAACGUAAAGUUCUGAACAAAUACAUUCCUCCAGACUAUGAUCCUUCGAAAGCGCCUCCAAAGAAGAAGAAAAAGUUUCAAGGACCCAAUGGAGGAAAAUCAACAGUUCGGUUGAUGACUCCAUUUUCAAUGAAGUGUAAUACUUGCGGUGAAUACAUUUACAAGGGAAAGAAGUUUAAUGCUCGUAAGGAAAAGACCGGUGAAAAGUACUUUUCCAUCGACAUCCUGCGAUUUUAUAUUCGUUGCACACGUUGUGCCGCAGAAAUCACCUUUGUCACUGACCCAAAACACACGGACUACGCUGCUGAAAAAGGUGCGUCUCGGAAUUUUGAGCCAUGGAGAGAACAAAAGUUGAAAGCUCAUGAAGACCCCGAACUUGAUGGAGAAGAUCCUGCAAAUGAGACGCCAGACAAUCUAAAAUUGCUUGAACAAAAGACACUCGACACAAAACGGCGGAUGGAGAUCAGCGACACGCUCGAUGAACUUCGAGAACAGAGUGCUAGGCGAUCUCGCAUAGACAUUGACGAUGCCAUUGCAAAACUUGAGUCUGUACGUAAGGAAAAGCAAGAAGCCGAUGAAGCAGAACAGCAAGAACUGCUAGAGGAAGCAAAAAAACUGUUUGCUUCUCAUGAUGGUGCCGUUGUUCGGCGAAUGGCAACGGAAUCCACGACAAAAGCUCCACCGUCGGCGACGGAACUUGCUGAAAACGUCUUAGGUGAAACAAAACUUCCUUCAUUUCAACCGGUAAAGCGGGCGCCAGCUGGUGCUGGGCCAGGCCGCCGUAAAAGAGCUGUAUUAUAA